ACUCACAGCAGUUUCAUACUUUCAUUACAAUUUACACCCUUCUCUCUCCCCCACGAUCUAUCUUCUCCCAGUAACCCAACGGUCAUAUAUUCCUUGUAAAAGAAACCCUCCAUCGUCAAACCUUCAAUCAUUACUUCAACUGUUCAACAAUGGCUCUGGAACUUUCUUGUUCUGUCCACCUUUUCCUCAUCGUCUCCACCACAAUCCCCCUAUGCGCCACCGCCUUCUCUUGGCCUACCCUCCGCCAACAACAAUCACAACCCUACGGCGUCUCAAUGAAGCUCUGGUGUGUCGCCAAGAACAACGCCGACGACACCGCCCUUCAAUCCGCCCUCGAUUGGGCUUGCGGAACCGGUGGAGCCGAUUGUGCUCCCAUCCAGCAGGGCGGCGGUUGUUACGAUCCCGCGGACAUCAGAAGAACAGCGUCGUAUGCUUUCAACAAUUACUGUAUCAAGAAUGGAAUGACGGAAGACACCUGCAAUUUCGCCAAUACCGCCGCCCUCACUUCCCUUGAUCCAAGUCACAGCAACUGCACAUUCCCAUCGAGUUCGGAGGGGAAGAGUGGAGAAGGAACGACGGCGGUAGGCGGCGGAGGAGGAGGAGGCGCAUCGACUGCAGAUCUUACAAGUAAAGGAGUGAAUAAUGGUGGUAUGUGGUUAUGGUGUUUUUGGUUUUUGGUUAUAGUUCAUUUACUUUGGUUAAAUGUUGUUUAGAUUUGAUUAUGUUUCUAUAUUUCGUUUCCCCCCCUUUUGAAUGUGUAAUUUUGUAAGGCCAAAAUGGCUUUAUUUUAGGAAUUUUUGUUAAUGAAACUCAACUAGUUUUAAGUUUUAAGUGAUUGAUUAUUACUACUUGUAAUUAGAAGUGCUAAGAACGUAUUUUAAUGAUUGACGACAUAUUUGCUUUUUAA